AUGGAGGAGGAGGUCCCUCACUUGAUGGUGGUUCCUUAUUCAGCUCAAGGGCAUAUGAUCCCAGCUUUGGUGCUCGCGAGCAGGCUAGCCGGCCUUGAUUUCGAGGUAAGCUACGUUUGUCAUGAUUUUAGGCUUGAGCAAGUGAAGAGAGAGGCCAAAGCACGAGCAUGCAACCCACACAUCAAGUUCCAGACGCUCAAGAAAAACUUCCCUUCCAAAGAGCAGCAGGAAUCGAGCUCAGGGCACGACUCGAUGGAGCUCAUGGGCUGGGCCUUUGGAUUCCAUCCCGAAGAUGGAGUAGAACUUAAGGAGCUCAUUAGUGCUGCCAAUCCUCCUAUAAGCUGCAUCAUCACGGACAACUUGCUUGCUUCCUGGGCCCAAGACGUAGCAGACGAGCUCAACAUUCCCAGGAUUAUCUUCUACCCAUCGCCGGGAAUGGCACUAGCCUUCCAUUUCUACGUCAAGAAUAUGCUACACCAGAACAAGCUUCCUGUACGAGUUCAAGAGCUGGUGCGAAUACCCGGGAUAGAUUCGGCUGGACUCUCGCCACUCUCGAGCGACCAAGUUAUCGACUUGAUCUUAGAGACAGUCCCCAAAGUCAUGCGGGAUUUCUACGUGACAAACGCUGUUCGAGAUCACGAGGCAGCUGGAGUGAUGUGCAACACGUUUGCUGCGAUCGAGGAGGAGGCAUGCAUCGCUGUGAGCGAGAACCCCCAGAUAAAUCCCAACAAGGUUCCUUUCGUGGAUAUCGGGCCUUUGCUUCCAGACUCUUACUUCGCGGAGGACAAUGCUUGUGAAGACUAUGACAAAGUCGAGUGCUUGGCAUGGCUGGACGAGCAGCCCACCGCGUCCGUCGUGUACAUCUCGUUUGGAAGCUUCGCUCGCGCUAACCGGAAACAAAUCGAAGAGCUUGCGCUUGGAUUGGAAGCAAGCGAGAAGAGAUUUCUGUGGGUUUUGCACAAUGGUGCCGAGGAGUUACUUCCGGAAGGAUUCCUGGAACGGGCGACGACGAACAAGACAGGAAUGGCGGUGAGGAAAUGGGCACCACAGCUCUUGGUUCUGUCGCACAGGGCCGUGGGUGGUUUCAUGACCCACUGCGGAUGGAACUCAACGAUGGAGAGCUUAAGCCGGGGCGUUCCGAUGAUCACGAUGCCAUUUUAUGGAGAGCAGCGAGGGAACGCACGGAUUAUCGUGGAGCACUUGGGGAUUGGCGUGGGGCUGGCGAAAGAUGGAAAAGAUGGUUUGAUCACGAGAAUUGCUUUCGAGCAAGCUUUUCGCGCGGUGAUUGACGAGGGCGAACUUGUGAGGAGCAAGGCUGCCCAGGUGAAACAGGCCGCUCGCGCUGCUUUCAAGGUAUCGCCUCGGAAGAUCAAAGACUUGAUCAACAAAGUUCUCGAGAGUAAUCGUUCGCGCCAAACUGGUUUACAAUUUAAAUUCUUCUGA